ACGGACCAAGUGCCAGCCAGUUGAUCGGAGCUGAUAGAACUGGAUGUUAGUUGAGUUCAGCGCUUCAAGGCGAGCGGAAGCAGCUCCAGACUUACGACCAGAGCCCAAAGAACCCAAAAAGCUGAAUGUGUGCGCUGUAGAAGCAUAAGUGGGAGUCUCUUCUGUGAAUGGUGUGAAGGACUUUGUGGAAAGCAUUCAGGCUUUGAGGGUUUGGUUGAACGGGAUGAUGAGGAUCACUGAAUGAUAACACGAAGGAGACCGAGUGAUAAGCGUGAACAACGUGAACGAGAUUAGGGACCACGCGAUACACGAGACAAUGAUGUUGAUGAAGACGUGCUCUGCCUAGAAGAACUCGGGAAAUUGAGGAUCCAAGUGAACGUUGCGUGUGAAUUCGAUCGGAAAAAUGGUUGCCUAGAGUGACAAGAGGAGGGUGACAAGAAGUGCCGAACGAAAGUGCCGCGCCGAGUGCGAUCGAGUUGAUUUACACAUUCUAAAGGACUCUAAAUUCAGGAGGAAAAGUGCCGAAGAACACCCAUCCAAAAUGAUGUUGGAAAAUAUCGACUUCGAUCUCUCCGAGUGUACAAGUCGCAUUUCGACCACCUUCUCGCUGAACUCAGCCGGCAGGUCACCAGCGAGCCGCCUGACGGAACAGCGGCAGCGCAGCGCUCAGCGCCGGCUGCACAUUGCGCCGCUGCGUAUGGACAACAAGUUCCUGGGAUCGCCGGACAAGGAGAACCUCCCGACCGAGGAGGAGCUCUCGUUCUACCAUGGAAACAGCCCCCAGCCGAGCCCUCGGCCAUGCAGCCCGUGCGACUGCCCCGAGGAUGCCACCGAACUGCUCCCCUCGGAGAUCACCCCGAACAAGCAGACCAUCAUCAACCCGACGCUGCUCGAGGGCGUCGGAACCGGCAGCGCUAACCGGCUGCGACGACCCCUGGAAGACUACGACCCCAACUCAAUGGACUCCGGCUAUGGCGCGAGCGUAUCCAGCGAAGGCCACAAGAGCCAGACCCUGUUCCGGUUCAUCCAGCCGUCCGCUCCCCGACAGAACUCGACCGCCGUUUCGCCAGCUGCCAAACCGAUGCGAAUCUUCCACAGCCUGUCUUCCGGCUCGAUGGAAUCCAUGGACGACAUCGACAUGGAGCUGUUCGAGAUGGACACCCUGGACGACAAUGCCCAAAUGCCGAGCAAUCUGAACUCGCUAAUCUCCGGUGACAUCAAAGCUACCAAGACCACCCCGGAAGCCAAGCGGCCCUUCUUCCGACGCUGCCUGAGCCUCUCGGAAAACCCGAUUGCUCGGCGUGCCAAGUCCAACCUCAUCUUUGGAUCACCCGUCGCCAGCAGCUACCAGUCCCCUGCCAAGACUCCGGAACGUCUACGAGCCACCCCGGACAAAGAAAACCUCAGCAUAACCCCAUUCGCCUCCCGACCUGACCCAACUCGCUGCUUCAAACGUCCGGAACCUCCGGGAAUCAGCCCGAUCCAGAGCAAACGCCCCAAAACCGAAGUCCUCACCCCAGUCAGCUCGUUGCGUACCGCAGAACCAUCCCCACGUGACAGCCCCUGCUCCCUACUGACCGUACCGAAACGACCCAUCCUGCAGAAGUCCAUCUCCAUGAACGAUGCCCACAUCAUGAGUGCCCUCUCGCGGUCCUCCUCGGAACCGGACCUGAUCGGCGACUUCAGCAAAUCGUACAUCCUGCCCCUGAUCGAGGGCCGCCACCGGGACCUGAAAUCCAUCACGCCAACCAUCAUGGCCGGACUGCUGCGCGGCACCUUCGACCACCAGAUCGCCUCGUUCAAGAUCAUCGACUGCCGGUACCCGUACGAGUUCGACGGCGGACACAUCCGCGGCGCCAAGAACCUCUACACACAGGAGCAAAUCCUGGAAGAACUGAUCAAAAGCAAGACUGAACCGCCGAAGGUGACGGACGCCACCGCCACCGAUGCACCCCCCAAACGCCACAUCAUCGUGUUCCACUGCGAAUUCUCCUCCGAGCGGGGCCCCAAGCUAUCCCGCUUCCUGCGGAACCACGACCGGAUCCUCAACUCGGACAGCUACCCGGCGUUGCACUAUCCGGAGAUCUACCUGCUGCACGGCGGCUACAAGGACUUCUACGCCCUGCACCCGGACCUGUGCGACCCGGUGGCGUACCGGCCGAUGCUGGAUCCGCAGUUUGGCGACGCGUACCGGCACUUCCGGUCCAAGAGCCGCAGCUGGAACGGCGCCGAUGUGAUCAGGGGGACGGCCCUGGCCGCCGGUCCCGGUUCGAGUUCGGGUGGGCCCGGAGUCGGAGGCGGCGGUGGUGGCGGCGGUGGCGGAACGCGACUCGUCAAGUCCCGCUCGAGGUUGGUACUGUGAGAGGUGUGAGACUGAUUCGGGAGGCCCGCCCCCGCUUAACUGCUGCCCCUACUUUUUGGGUGCCGAAUCUGUUUUGUUAGUUUUUUUUAUGUAGGGAAGUUGAAAGAAGUGGACAAGGUUUUUUGUUUUCUUUUUUAUUUUUAUUUUUGCAUAUUUUAUACGAGCAAUAGCUCUUUUGAAAAUAACAGACAUUUUCCGUUCAGUUUUGUUUUUUAGAUAUUUUUUCUUCAGUUUCUUUUGUAAGACCUUUUUUAGUUUAUUCAAAACACUUCUUUUCGGCAAUACAACGGACCGUUCCGAGAGGCACCAGUAGUAGAAGUAGCGGAAUAGAGACAAAGUACGUAAAUUUUCAUGCGAACAUCUUCACGAAAGCUGUAUUUUCGCCUCACUUUUUACGUGUUCAAUAGUUUACGCAGUUUUUUGUUUGUUAUCUACAUAUUUUAUCUGUGAUUUAGCCUUUUUUCUUGAAUUUGAUUUUUACGAGGAUUCGAACGAUACUUUUCAUUUUCUAUCGAUUCAAGAAAUAACGAAAAAACGAACGAGAGAGAGAGAAACAGAGACGGGGCAUACACUGAAACAAAAAUGCAAACACAUUUAGAUAGAACGAAUCUUAGCAAGCCAAAUUAGUCAAAAUUCCCACAUGUUUGGCAGUCAGACUGAAAGGAGCAGUUGCGCAGAAGCUUUCCUUGUAAAACAAUCACACGCGAACAGUCAUCUUUGUAGACAAAUUUGUAUAAAUAUAAAGAAAAAUCAAUGACACCCCCGUUUCUAGGAAAUCUCCAAAUGUACAUUUCAAAACGACUCACGAAUAUCGAGACAACGCAAGCCCAAUGAACGACUAUCGUCUAGCCUGUAAGACACACCUUCUAAGUUUUAAUCUACCGUUUCCCCUCAUUCUUCUCCUUCCUAACCACAUCAUAAUCGACUUUUAACCCAAGGUGAAAAAGUGCAAAUUAAGCUAGGUAAUGUCGUGUGACAAUUUUUCCGAGUGUAUGCGUGUUGCCAUGGAAACGGUCGAUCCGCGCGCCGCGAAGCCUGCUUUGAUUCCACGGCAAACGGUCAGUGACUUCUCAUUUGAAAAUUCGACGUCUCAAAGACUUUUCCAAUACCUUUCAAAAACCGUAAACUGUCCAAGACAAAAUCACGCUCCUUAAUUGUCCUCGGAUGCAGUGCGGAUCAAAGUAGGUUUCCGGGCCGGUCGAUUCCGCCGUGUCGUGUGUGUAUUUUCCUCUUUUGUGUGCAGUUUGUUUUAGAACUAGCGAGAAAAAAAGUGAGUGAGAAGAGAGGGAGAACUGUAGGAAAGCGCGCGAAUGAGAGAACGAGAGCGAAGAAUGAAGAUUAAAAAAAAAACAAUCGAUUUCGACUGAAUUUUAAGAUGCGAACACAUAGAUUAAUAUAUAUUUAAAAACACACAGAGUAAGAAAAGUUUUUUUUUACAAAUUAGACAGAACGAAAUAAGUGCAAAAAUAGCUUGAUACCCUUAUUAGUUUGUAAGCAAAAGCGAGAGAAUAAGACAGAAAAAAAAACGAAAAAAAACACAAAAAACUAAAAGAAGCCGCGCUUGCGCGGCAUAUAAAUUAACGAAUAUUUUCGGAUAUAGUCUCGUUUAGAAAUGUAGGAAAAAUGCUUUGCGAUCGCGAUCACGAUCGCACCCGCGUCGAUCAGAUUUUAAUUUAUAAAUUAUAUUGUAUAGAAAAACAAAAAAAACAAUCGGAUCGGUGUGAUACCACACCGCAUC